AUGGUUAUGGUACAAAGAGAAAAUGGAAGAACACCCAGCCCAACGCCCACUUUAACAGAGCCACUUAUAUCCCCUAAGGAUAUUUGUCCCCUUCCGAUGAUGAAAACUCAAAAUACAAAUCGUAAAAAUAGUAGAGCUGCAAAAGCAGCAAUUAUCACUUCAACACCAUACAAAAAGAGCUUGAAGAAAGUGUAUCGAAAAAGCAAGAAAAAGAAAAAAGGAUACAAGCAAAUGAAAAAGAUCAGCAAAUGA